AUGAAGGACGUGAACUUUCCCCAGGCGCGGAUCUUUAGCUUUGCCACAGUCCAGACCAAGAACUCCCUCUCCCACAAUCCGGAGGAUUACUCACUCCACGAAGGUGAACCACGCAACAAAUUUAAAAAGGAGGAAAAAAGCCUGAACCUCGGGAAGAGAAAGAGAAAACGAGAGCUCAGAACUGCCCUGACUCGCAGACGCCCCCAACUCCCCAACAAACAAAAAGCCCGCUCGGAGCGGGGCGGGCGUGGGCUCCGCGGCGGCCGGGGGCCGCGGGGAGCUCGGCCGCCCGUGGCAGCCGGCCCUGCGCCCCAGCCCGCGCCCCCGAGGAGGCGGCUGUUUUCUUUGGCCGGCGGCGGGGAUGGGUGGGGAGGCGUGCGGCCGCGGGCGGGACGCGGCGCCGCUCCCGCUCCCGGGCAUGCUGCGGGCGAGCCACGACCCCAGCGCCUCUUCGCGGCGGCGGCGCCCCCCCACCCGACCCCGGCUCGCCCUCCCCGGUGGCCACCUGAAGCGGACGGGAGAGCGCGCAGCAAACCACCCACCUACCACUCUUUCCUCCGCCCCUUCCUGAGGCGGGCCGCCGGCGCGGGCUCCCGGGAAGCGCGGCCGGGCGCGUGCGGGGUAGCGAGGGCUCGGCUCGGCCCGCGGCGGGGCGCGCUAGGCCGCGGCUCGGUUAAUAUUCAUGAGGCGCCGCCCCUCCUCCGCGGCCCACGGGACCCCGCCGCCCGCCGCCCGCCUUUGUGCCCUGGCCUCCCGGCUGCGCACACGCGGGCGCGGCGUCCGCGGGCCCGCGCCUCAGCCCCGGGCGCCGAGGGAGCGGCCGCCCGCCGGAGGCCCCCUCGGAGGGUCGGAUCCCGGGCGGCGCCGCGACCUGCCCCGGCCGGCCCCGGGCUUUCGGCGCCGCGGGAGGACGUGGGGCGGGGCGGCGGCCGCCGGACUCUCCCCUGGCCUGGCCGGGCCGGCCGGGGCCCCCCGCUCCCGCGAUCACCGAGCGCGAGACUGGCCGGGCCGGCGGGCGCGCGAGCUGCUUCCCGGGGGCGGACUGCUCGCGCCUUCCUUCUGGAUCCACCUCCUCUCCCCCCCCACCUCUUUCCCCUCCCCUCCCGGGGGACGCUCGGGGGCGAGGAGUUCGCGGUCCGCGGGGCUAAGCUAGAGGAGGCGGGACGGGCGGGGACGAGGUGGUGCUCGCCAGGUUCCCCGAAACCUGGACACCCGCUAGCCCUCUCCCCGCCGCACCCCGACGCCGAGGACGCCAGUGCGGCCGCUUCCCGAGCGGCGCUCCGGGAGCGGGCACAGCCCAGCAGCUGUCUGGUGGCCGCGGGGACAGGUCUUGGGGGCCGGUGGCCUCCUUUCUGCGGCGGGUGGGGCGCAGAGCUACGGGAUAUGGGGCUUCCAGAUAAGGGAGUGUCCCCUCCCGCUGCACCGCCAGGUAGUUUCCUACGGAGAGCAGGAACCAGCUAGUGGCAGCUACGUGUCGUUCAGAAUUUUUGUUUUUGCUUUUUUUUCCUUUCUUUCUUUUUAACCUGCAGAGCGGCUGGGCGGUUAAACACGGCUAGCGGAACCCAGCGGCGGCGGCUGUGCUUUCCCCUCUCCGGUGCCCGCGCCUCAGCCGCCUGCCCCGCGGCCGCUGCUCCACACCCCAAGCCCGGCCAGCGCUCAGACCCAAACGUCUAGCUCCGCCCUGUUGCGCCUCUCCCGCUGCAAAUCGCCCAAUCCGGUGCCUCUGCGAGAGUGUGCAGGCCAGUCAGGGGCUACGGCUCCAGCCCGCUGCCCCACCCCUCAUCCUGCCCUUCCCGAGAGCCGGCUCACCAGCUUUGACCCUUAGAGGAGCGUCUAGCUGCGGCGGUGGCGCUUGGCACCUCGUCACCUUCGUCCUCGCCCCCCUUAGGUACAUCCUUCCUCCUGCUCUCUGUCCUCCUGCUGAUGCUGUUGAGGGUCAUUUUGAUCCUCACUUCGGCAGGGGACUGCCAGCGUUUGUGUCUGAUCAAAUCCUGAGAGAACAGAACGACAACAACAACAACAAAAAACAGUAGGAUAUGUUACCUUUUUCUUCCUUGCUACAGUUAUCUUCUAAAGACUCCUCCCUGUUCCGCACCCACCGCCGAGGGUCCUGUUUUCUUGUCGGGGUUUUCAAAAGAGCACUCUGGAGCUGCAACAAUGUGACCAUCUUCUCAAGUUCCUGUCACCAAAAGUCCUCCAUCAGGAUGGAUUGUACCCUGACCUGUGAGCCAAGCAAUUGACCUUCUCAGAAAGUGGAAAGAAGCCAGGAGUGAGGAGAUGCCGGGAUGAGAGAAGCACAUAUCCACCUUCCAAGAAGACAGAGAAGGAAGAAGAAGGCAGCCAGAAGAGAGCUGCUCUGGAGGCUGUGAGAAUGCAGAGGGAAGAGUGA